GUAUCACCGUCCCCAAGUCCCAGGUUUCCAUUUUCCUCACUACUCGUCCCUUGCAUGGCAAUGUAUUUGCUAUUUGUCGAUUGGAUCAAUUUACCAAAAAUCUUGACCACUGACGUAGCCCUAUCAUAAAAGGUACAUGCAGUAAAACCCACGGUUGGGUCUUGUAGCAGAGUAGCAGAGAACUUCAUGAGAUUGGUAAAAGGCCUACAAGCUCGAACUCCAAGAUCGGUGAUCGAAAGCGUGGGACGAUGCGAGGGAGGAAAAAGAGGAUUGCGUGCCCAGUGUACGAGCGGCGGGUCGUCGCGGGCCUCGGUGAAAAUCAUCCGUCUUCUAGCCCUGGCUGCUGCUUUUGCACUGCAGGGAAAGAAAAAGGGAAAAGAAAUGGUGCGAAAACAGACGAGGAGGAGAUGCGGCAUGACGAGUCCUUGGGUCAGCAAGAAAGACGGGAUGGUGACGAGUCAAGAGAGCGGACAAAAUCCUGGCUCGCCAACAAGUCCGGGGUGUUUGAGAACAUUGAAGCUCACCCAAAGAAACAGACGAGCAAGAAGACCAAGCAAGCACGCGACCUCUUGGAAUCAAACUCCGGGCCGAGUUGGGAAAAUACCAAGGCACAAGGAUCGCUUCUCUUGUCCUGCAGGAAGCAUCGUGAACCCCUUCAAAGAUGCACCAUCAUGCCGUUUCGUCGGGUUCGUACGAAAAGAGGGGAAAGUAACGCAUGCGCGACUCAAGGGAAAGGUGGAUGUUAUGCCUUUCUUGCAAGGGAAAAACCACCCCUGAUUUGCGGGCUGUCCCUGUUUUCUUCUCAUCGUGUCUCUCUUACGGAGUAGCAUUCCCUAGGGGUCAAAAAGGACUCUAGCAGCGCAAGC